AUGGAGAAACUCAAAACGUCGUGUUUGAAACUUCAAGUGGCUGCUCGACCCAUAUCAACAUUGCCCAAUACGGAAUCCUCUGCCACCGCUUCCACGACCUUCAAAGCGCGCCUACACAACCUAUUAAAUUGGUGGCCCAAUCGUACAGGUCAUGCAUUGCCGCCUAUUGUCGAUGUUCCUCUCGCGCAGGGUAAAGAGCGCAAUGCUUCAGCAGAUGCUCCUCCCAAAAACAGCGGGGAGUGGAUAGCUGAUGAGGACUACGUUCCUUCUCGUCCACCUUCGACGAACUCUAAUUCACAACCACCCGCAGUGCAGAUCAACACUGGAGAGCAUGGAAAUGGUCGGUUGUGUGGUUGCUUCUAA